AUGCUGCCAAGUCUCCCUGCUGGAGGCAGGACAUUAGUGUACUCAACUGUCGACGGACACGACAUUAAGCUAGACUACUACUUGCCCGCUGUAGAAGAAGGAUGUUUGCCAGCGGUAAUCUAUUACCACGGCGGUGGAAUGACAGCUGGUUCGCGGCGGAGUAUAGGUUUCCAACACUGGUUAUAUGGAGAAGGCUUCCAACAGGCGCUCCCAGAAGCCAUCUCACUAGACACAAGUCGGAUAGCAGUGACUGGCUUCUCCGCCGGGGCCUAUUCCGCCCGUGCGGCGUGUGUGUACGCUACCCCCAAACCAGCAGUUCUUCUAACAGGCUAUGGAAGCGCGGGCGACUGGCUUUUGGAUCACUGGACCACGGGCCGGCCGCCGACCUCCAUUGCCAAGUUCGUUGAUCUCAAUAAGGUCCCAAAGCUGCUUGCAGACAAGACGGUUGUGAGUGAUGAUACGCCCGAAAGUGGCAUCAUGUCUAACCGCUUCGCUCUUACUGUCCGGUGGGAAUUGGAUGGCACGUUCCUCGACGGAUCCAUUGGCCGGCCUGGAUUAGGUGCAGAGUUGAAUAAGCUGGAGUAUGCACAGCGAGCUACGGCGAUUCCCGAGGACUUAAAACCGGCCUUCCUCCAGUUAUUUGUCACGGAAAACUACCCUCCAUCUGUGUUCGUGCAUGGAACAGCUGAUGAAGUCGUUCCUGACCAGGAGAGCAAGCAUCACCAUGAGCAGUUAAAGCAGGUUGGGGUCAAGACAGAAUUACUGCUUGUAGAGAAUGGACCGCAUGGCUUGGUAGACUUUAGUUCUGGAAUGCCGCCGGGUCCCGCGAAGGGGUCAGUGGAGGCCUAUGACAGAGCUUUUGAGUUUGUUACGGAGGUGUUUGAUGCUGUUAAAUAA